UUGCAGAUUUGUUGUCUGAUCUUGUGUGUUCAUGUGAUUUCAGAUUUGUUGUCUGAUCUUGUGUGUUCAUGUGAUUUCAGAUUUGUUGUCUGAUCUUGUGUGUUCAAGUGAUUUCAGAUUUGUUGUCUGAUCUUGUGUGUUCAUGUGAUUUCAGAUUUGUUGUCUGAUCUUGUGUGUUCAUGUGAUUUCAGAGCUCGGAGUUGGAGCGCGUGUGAGUUUGUGCUGUGUCUCUGCGCAUUCACUCCGCUUGGAGAAGGUGGAGCCUGUGCGCUGUUCCUAUGGGGACCGAGGCGCAUGUAAAUGCCCAGCUCCUUCAGGCCACCUCACACACCCCUACACACUCCCACGGGCCAAACACACACACACACACACACUGAGCGAUCACAACACCACCACCUGCAAGGCGCAGUUUGGAGCGACCGAAGCGCACCAAGGUUGGUCAGUGGAUGAGGGAGGUGGUGCAGCAGAGUGCUCUGGGAUUCCACUUGGAUUCACGGCAUGGAGAAGUAUGAGAAGAUUGCAAAGAUCGGAGAAGGCUCAUACGGAGUCGUGUUCAAAUGCAGAAAUAAAGACACGGGACAGAUCGUCGCCAUUAAAAAGUUCGUGGAAUCGGAGGAUGACCCGGUUAUUAAAAGAAUCGCGCUCAGGGAGAUCCGGAUGCUCAAGCAACUGAAGCACUGUAACCUGGUCAACCUGAUUGAAGUAUUCAGGAGGAAGAGAAAACUGCAUCUAGUAUUUGAGUACUGUGAUCAUACGGUCCUCAACGAGCUCGACAGGUAUCCCCGAGGAGUUCCAGAGCCUUUGGUUAAGAGUAUCACCUGGCAAACACUACAAGCUGUUAACUUCUGCCACAAACAAAAUUGUAUCCACAGAGAUGUGAAGCCAGAGAAUAUACUCAUCACCAAACAUCAGGUCAUAAAGCUCUGUGACUUUGGCUUUGCCAGGAUUCUCACUGGGCCGUGUGAUUAUUAUACAGAUUACGUGGCCACUCGGUGGUACCGGGCUCCGGAGCUGCUGGUGGGAGACACUCAGUACGGCCCUCCUGUAGACGUGUGGGCGGUGGGCUGUGUGUUUGCUGAGCUGCUGUCUGGCGCUCCUCUCUGGCCGGGCAAAUCUGAUGUAGACCAGCUUUAUCUCAUAAGGAAAACCUUAGGUGAUUUGAUCCCCAGACACCAGCAGGUGUUCAGCAGUAACCAGUUCUUCAGCGGAGUAUGUGUUCCUGAACCACAAGAAAUGGAACCUCUGGAGCAGAAGUAUCCAAACAUCUCUUUCCAGGCAUUAAGUCUAAUGAAGGGUUGUCUGCAUAUGGAUCCUGCAGAAAGGUUAACCUGUGAGCAGCUGCUGGAGCAUCCAUAUUUUGACAGUCAGCGGGAGGAGACAGAGAGCGUGACGCGAGAACAUGACAGAGCGAAGAGACGGGCACGUCAACCCCGUAAACACCUGCCCCCGGGGGUGAGUUACCAUGCCCAUGGGUAUUUACCCCAGCUGACUGGCAGCAGUAUCUUCCCAGCGGUGGACAACAGGAAGUACUACAACAACAACAACAUGCGUAAAUUCAACUACCAUUUCCCCAACAUCUAAUUCUUUAUGCGGGAACACACUGUAUACACCCCCCAAUCUGUCCCAAAACACAUUCAUACACUUUGUUUUUCUAUUUUGGUGUCUCACAAUCGCCUACCUUGUGUUUUGCUCAGGAACAGAAGCCACUGACAGUGUAACGCUGGCUGUUCUAGUCACAAAGUGUCCUCAUUUUCUGUAGAAAAAAGAAAAAUGUCCACCGCUCAUCUACACCUGUACUCUCAAUCAGUUCACUGCUGUAUCUUUUUGUAUACGACUCAUGAGACCGCUUCUGUACUCUGUGUGAUUGACAAAGAGCCCUGCUCUGCAUGUACACACACCGAUCUGAGUGUGACACUGCCUUUCUGAUUGCCAAAGUGCUGCAUGACCUGACACAGAGAGAACAGACUGAUUGUCUCAUAUACACAGUAAAACUAAUGAUGACCUUGUUUCGUGAAGGGAUAACUGAGCUGUAGGUAAUUAGCAUAAAACCAAGUGCAGGAAUCAAACAAUUCCUCUAUUAUUAUUAUUUGUACAUUUACGUUUUCCUGUCUCUCUUUAUUAUUAAUCUCGGACCAUCUAACUUCCUGUGACAUACAGAGAAAUGGAGAAAAAAAAACAUUCCUUCAACUAACAUUAUUACUCUAGGUUCUAAGUGUUGAUUUUGGAGUGAAUUGCAUUUAUGAAUCACAUUUUAAAAGAAAAAAAAAAAGUGUAACUUGUGUUUUGAUGGCUUUUAUUGGAGCCUUACACAUUUAAAACAUUUAACAAUAUUAUUGUUGCCUUGACAAGUGGUGCUGAUCUUCUGGCCAUUGACUUGCACCCAAUGCCAAACUGCUAAAGACACAGGCUCCUUCCCCAGCCCUCAGACUCACUGUGUUACCUUCAACACGCUCUCUUUCCCUGUAAAUAUCUCACAAAGUUUAGUUCUGCUGCUUUUCCAAGAAGACAGGCUCGCCCUGGGAGUAAAUAUGGGAACAAGAAAUUCUUGCUCUUUUUGUAUGUGAUUUAAUAAAGAGCUUUCAGCAAAUGAAAUGGUGUGUUUGUCUCUUCAUCAGUGCCUUUUACAGGACAUUUUCAAUUACUGCCAUAGUUUUUUUUUUUUUUUUAAUGGAACAAGUACCUCUGUUUUACAAAACAAGACAACAAUCAAAAAAAAAAAAAAAAAACCCUUUCAGUCUCAAGACCUGAUCUAAAGAAUGCUGGCAGAGUAAUAACAGAUACACAUCUAGGAAAUAUUACAACUCAGAGCAUCCAAAAGAGGUUGAAUAUUUAUAUCACAUUCAGAACAGGAGAUGGAGACUUCAAAUUAUCUAAUUUCUUAGAUCUUUUGCACUAUUAAGACGUUGUCCAAUUUAAUAAUGACCUAUUUGAUCAUUUCUGACAAUUAACACACUAAACUACAAUGUAUUGUUCUAAUGGUAUACAAACUUUUGCACUACAAUGCAUAUAACAGUUGUUACUCACUGAAGGUGGUCAUCUGACUUACCACGACCAAAAUCUUUCAUAUGAAAGUCAAUAGUGCAACCACUUAUAAUGCCUCCCUGACUGAAACAAGUAAAAUAUUGAUAAAAUAUAUACAUUUACAUACACUAUACGACCAAAAGUAUGUGGACACCUGACCAUCAUACCCAUUUGUGAUUGCUGAACAUCCCAUUCCAGAUGUAGUUCCUAUUUGCUGUUAUAAUAACUUCCACUCUUUUGGGAAGGCGUUCCCAAAAGAUUUUGGGAAAAGCCACUAGAUUUUGAGACGUGGCUGAGGGGAUUGUGCUCAUUCAGUCAUAAGAGCAUCAGUGAGGUCAGGCACUGAUGAACAUUAAAGCUCAUUUGAAUUUUGCCAAAAUACACCUUGAUGAUCCUCAAACCUUUUGG